UAUUCCCCUGAAAUGACGAAACUCCACAGCACACAGAGUGGCCGUUUAAUAGAAUGGCCAAGAGCGCCCCCUGGCUACAGCUGCCACUGUUCUCCGUCCUGCACAGCUGGCACCUGCCUGCACAUGCCCCCAGAGUGCUACCUGCGCUCCGAGUUCCACGCGGUGCCCUCCACCGUCUGGCAGCUGGGGAUCGUGCUGUACCAGAUGCUGACCCGGAUCCUUCCCUUCAGCACCCCCAAAGAAAUCAUCUACCAGGAGCUCUACCUGUGGCAGGAGCUCACCAACGAGUGCAAAGACCUCCUGCAACGCUGCCUGGACAAGCGGCUUCGGGGCCGGCCGACCCUGGAGGAGAUCCUACAGCACGCUUGGUUUCAGUAAGACCGCGGGGGGACGAGGCAACGGGCAACGUGUCCAUCGCCACUGUUACCGCAGAAACCCAAGCGUGGGUAUGGCUCGUUUUCCCCCGGGUGU